UGUGUGUUGUGUCCUGUAGAGCUGAAAUGUCACUCUGCUAUCUGUAGGCCUUGCAGCUAGACAGCUCGACUGGGGGACCAGAGGAAUUAAAAGACCAACUCGAGAGGAUCAACAUGUUCUGUGUUAUCUGACAGCAGAUGGAGAAGAAGUGUUAACAUCUCAUCGAUCUCUUCUUGUUGGUUUUCACAGUCAAGACCCAGAGGCAGUCUCGGGGCCAUGUCGACCCUCCUGCGCCACAUCUCCAGCUCCUGUCUCUUUUUGUCCCAUAGAAGAAUUCAUCAGAAAAUACCAGGGAGGAGGCAUUUCAGAACUUUCCCUGUAUUAUGGGACCAAAAGGCUUCAAGAGGUGUGCCCUACAAGGACUUGGUGGUUGGUGUUCCUAGGGAGACUGUCCAGAACGAACGUCGUGUGGCGUUGUCGCCCGCUGGGGUUCAGGCGCUGGUCAAACAGGGCUUCAAGGUGCAGGUGGAGAGCGGAGCUGGAGAGGAAUCUAAGUUCUCCGACCAGCAGUACAGAGAUGCAGGAGCCAUCAUCACUGACGUCAAGGGAGCUUUUGGCUCAGAUUUGGUCCUCAAGGUAAGAGCCCCCAGUUUGAGCGAGGCAGAUCUCCUGAAGCAAAAGUCUACGUUGGUGAGCUUCAUCUAUCCAGCACAGAACCAAGAUCUGAUGACGAAGCUGUCGGAGAGGCAGAGCACUGUGUUGGCCAUGGACCAGGUGCCCAGAGUGACCAUCGCACAGGGCUAUGAUGCACUCAGCUCCAUGGCUAACAUUGCUGGGUACAAAGCUGUGGUUCUGGCUGCUAACCACUUUGGCAGGUUCUUCACUGGUCAGAUCACAGCAGCAGGAAAAGUCCCUCCAGCUAAGGUUCUGGUUAUCGGAGGUGGAGUGGCUGGCUUAGCAGCAGCAGGGGCAGCCAAGUCAAUGGGAGCCAUAGUUAGAGGAUUUGACACCAGGCCAGCGGCUCUGGAGCAGUUCAAGUCUUUUGGGGCAGAGCCUCUGGAAGUAGACAUCAAAGAGUCUGGCGAGGGGGUUGGAGGUUAUGCCAAAGAGAUGUCAAAGGAUUUUAUCGAAGCCGAGAUGGCUCUUUUCGCCAAGCAGUGUAAAGAGGUCGACAUUGUCAUCAGUACUGCCCUGAUUCCAGGAAGGAGGGCACCCAUUUUGAUAAAGAAGGAGUUUGUGGAGUCUAUGAAGGACGGCUCCGUGGUGGUGGAUCUGGCCGCAGAGGCUGGGGGCAACAUUGAAACCACCAAGCCUGGAGACCUGUAUGUUCACAAGGGAGUAACACACAUCGGCUACACAGAUCUUCCCAGCCGCAUGGCCACCCAGGCCAGUACUCUGUAUUCAAACAACAUCCUGAAACUGCUGAAGGGCAUUAGCCCAGACAAGGAAUACUUCCACUUUGUGCCCACUGAAGAGUUCGACUAUGGAACAAUUGACCAUGUCAUCCGUGGUACUCUUGUUAUGAAGGAAGGCAAGAACAUGUUCCCAUCUCCCCUCCCUAAAACAGCCCCCCCUGUCCCAGUGAAACAGAAAACUGUUGCAGAGUUGGAGGCUGAAAAAGCUGCAACGGUUUCCCCCUUCAACCGUACCAUGACCUCUGCCGGUGUCUACACUGCAGGUGUGUCCACGUGUCUGGCUCUGGGGAUCAUCUCCCCAAACGCAGCUUUCACUCAAAUGGUCACAACCUUCGGUUUGGCCGGGAUUGUGGGAUACCACACUGUGUGGGGCGUGACUCCUGCUCUGCACUCGCCUCUCAUGUCCGUCACUAACGCCAUCUCAGGUCUGACUGCAGUGGGAGGUUUGGUGCUGAUGGGUGGAGGUCUAACACCUUCCAGCCUGCCUGAGAGUCUCGCUCUGGCUGCUGCCUUUGUUUCCUCCAUUAACAUUGCUGGUGGUUUUCUGAUCACCCAGAGGAUGCUGGACAUGUUCAAGCGCCCCACUGACCCUCCAGAAUAUAAUUACCUAUAUGCACUGCCGGGGGCAGCUUUUGUUGGAGGAUACGGCGCCUCGCUGGCUGCUGGAUACAGCAUUGAGCAGAUGAUUUAUUUGGGCUCGGGCUUGUGCUGUGUCGGGGCCCUGGCAGGCCUCUCUGCUCAGGGCACUUCUCGUCUGGGGAACGCUCUGGGCAUGAUGGGAGUGGCGGGAGGCCUUGCUGCCACCAUCGGUGCCCUCAAACCCUCACCUGAGCUGUUGUCUCAGAUGUCUCUGGCCAUGGCCACUGGGGGAACCCUGGGUCUCACCAUUGCCAAGAAGAUUGAAAUCACAGACUUGCCGCAGCUGGUAGCGGCCUUCCACAGUCUUGUAGGACUGGCAGCUGUUCUUACCUGUGUUGCCGAAUUCAUGAUUGAGUACCCUCACCUUGACACUCACCCAGCUGCAGGUGUGCUCAAGACAGUGGCCUAUCUGGGCACCUACAUCGGAGGGGUCACCUUUAGUGGCUCUCUGGUGGCCUAUGGAAAGCUUCAAGGCAUCCUAGACUCAGCCCCCCUACUGUUGCCUGGUCGACACAUGUUAAACGCCGGUCUGAUGGCGGCAUCCGUGGGAGGCAUGGUGCCCUUUAUGCUCAGUUCCAGCUAUGGUACCGGCAUGGGGUGUCUGCUGGGAGUGUCUGGGCUUUCCACUGUUAUGGGUGUAACACUGACAGCAGCCAUAGGCGGUGCUGACAUGCCUGUGGUCAUCACUGUGUUAAACAGCUACUCAGGAUGGGCUCUCUGUGCUGAAGGCUUCUUGUUGAACAAUAAUCUCAUGACUAUUGUAGGAGCCCUCAUUGGCUCCUCUGGUGCCAUCCUUUCAUACAUCAUGUGUGUGGCUAUGAACCGCUCACUGCCCAAUGUGAUCCUGGGUGGAUAUGGCACCACCUCCACAGCGGGCGGUAAGCCCAUGGAGAUUGUUGGCACUCACACCGAGGUCAAUGUGGAACAGACCAUUGACAUAAUUAAAGAGGCCAACAGCAUCAUCAUUACACCAGGCUGGGGUCUGUGUGCAGCCAAAGCCCAGUACCCAAUUGCAGACAUGGUGAAGAUGUUGAGGGAACAGGGCAAGGCUGUCAGGUUUGGUAUCCACCCCGUGGCUGGUCGUAUGCCAGGCCAGCUGAACGUUCUCCUGGCUGAAGCUGGUGUUCCCUAUGAUGUUGUUCUGGAGAUGGAUGAGAUCAACGAUGACUUCCCAGAGACAGACUUGACACUGGUCAUCGGAGCGAACGACACAGUAAAUUCUGCAGCACAAGAAGAUCCCAACUCUAUUAUUGCUGGCAUGCCAGUCCUGGAAGUGUGGAAGUCCAAACAGGUGAUCGUGAUGAAGCGUACCUUGGGUGUGGGAUACGCUGCAGUAGAUAACCCCAUUUUCUACAAACCCAACACAUCCAUGUUACUGGGAGAUGCCAAGAAGACCUGCGACAGCCUUCAAGCUAAAAUCAGAGAGGUCUUCUACUAGUCAUUACUCAUUGCUUUUAUGGAAAAAAAACAAAGCAAAACUAAGUUAACAGAACUUGUAUUUCCAUCUUUGGCUCAAAGGAUCUAUAUUUUUGGAAAUUCAUUGGCUCUGCAAGAAAUUAAUUUAAAUGUUCCGUUUGCCCAAGAUUAUAUAUAUUUUUUUCCUUCUGAAAAAUUAGAGACAUGUACAACUUAAGAACAAAUGUGAAUUAAUUUGUAAAUAAAAUAUUUAAAUGUACUUUAAGCCCAUUUCUUUGCACUUUAAGAUUUAAAUGAUCUAGAGUUUAAAUGUAUUAGUUUGCAAGAACAAAAAUAAAACACCUGCUAAAAUCU